UGACCUUUUGGCCUGAGGAUGCAAGUCUUUAGUAUCCUUACAACUUCACUCCCAAGAGCUGGUAUAGAAUGAGCUCUUCUGGCCAUGGGAGGAUUGCAGAGGGGUGCCUGCCACCUGCAGCCCAGCCUCAGCACUUUUCUCUUCAAUGUCUUCUUCAAGGUAUUUCUACUUGCCAGCCCUGAGCUGUUUCAGAAUGAGGAAGACACCUGGAAGAGUCUACAGGUGCAUAGACCAAUUUGCAAAAGACCCUGUGAGCCACCAUUAUCUCAGCUGGAAGAAUUAAUAAGCAACACAUUCAUUCAAGAAGUAUUUACUGAGCACCUAAUAUGUGCACUAUUUUCUGGUGUUGGAGCUAAGGGGCAAAUGACUCUGAUAAGUCUCUGUUCUCAAGGCUGGAGUGCAAUGGCGCGAUCUCGGCUCACCACAACCUCUGCCUCCUGGGUUCAGGCAAUUCUCCUGCCUCAGCCUCCUGAGUAGCUGGGAUUACAGGCACGCGCCACCAUGCCCAGCUAAUU